CUUUUGUCUCUUUUCUUCCCUUCUUUUCGUCCCCGUUUUCUCCUCAUUUCACCUUUCACUUCUCGCAUUCGUUUUCUACUCGUUGCUCUGGGAAUUGACCUGAAUUCUUUCGUUCAAAUUCAGCUUUGUUCUUUGUUCUUACUUCGAGGGCGCUCUUUGGCUAGACUGUCCGAUUUCGUUCUUUUCCCUUUCAAGUCUCAAAAACUCCGUACUUUAAUCAACUAUGGAGGCACACAUUGCUCCUCCUGCCGACGCAGGCGUAGCUCAUGGUCACGCUGCAGAGACCAUAGCUCCGGUCCCAGCGGACGUGCGCCACAACCAUCACCACGACCAACAUGCUGCCCCUACGCCUCAUCGCGACGAGAAGAGCUGGAGCCAGGAGCGUCUGACCCCACGACCAACCUUUUUGGAAAACCUCGCCAGCUCGCGAAAUUCCCAGUUUAUGCUCGAUCGACACAACUCGGGGGAACUGGACCGUUACUUUCAUGGACCGAGAGAUAUGGAUAAACACUCCAAAUGGCCCAUCAUGCUUCGAAUGCAUGGUAGCAUCAUGCCCAAGUUGAUCCUUCCCCUUGCCUUUGUCGCAGCUUGGUCGACUUUGAUCACAUGUAUCUCGCGCUUCGUCCACAACCUGAGCGUGAACAAUAUUCUCCUCACGGUUUUGGGUUUUGUUGUUGGUCUGUCGCUUUCAUUUCGCAGCUCCACCGCUUAUGAAAGAUGGGCGGAUGGCCGUAAAUACUGGUCGACACUGAUUCAAGUUUCCCGAAAUCUCUCUCGCACCAUCUGGAUCAACACCUCUGAACGGAACGGAGAGGAGGGAAAGCAAGACCUUUUGAAGAAGCUGACUGCCAUCAACUUGAUUCUUGCUUUUGCCGUUGCCCUGAAACAUAAGCUACGAUUUGAGCCCGAUGUCGGAUACGAAGACUUGGCUGGUCUAGUUGGAUAUCUAGACACCUUCGCCAAGGAGGCACACGACCGCGAGAGGCUCCUGCCCAAGAGAAAGUCCUUCUGGAAGUCCACGGGUGAAUACCUGGGCGUCUCAUUUGCCGAAUCCAACCCGAGAAAGCUCGUCAAGCGCUCCAAGAAGCCUUUGGGCCAUCUUCCUCUGGAAAUUCUCAACUAUAUCUCCGCAUAUAUCGACUCUUGCAUUGCCAACCAGACCCUUGGAUGCAGUCUCCAUCAGAGCCAAGCCAUCGCUGCCAUCUGCCAACUGAACGAGGUUGCAACCGGCUGCGAGCGUAUCCUCGACACUCCUCUUCCGGCCGCCUACAGCAUCUCAAUUGCCCAGAUUGCGUGGAUCUACGUCCUUGUUCUUCCGUUCCAGCUUUACAACUCCCUCGAAUGGAUCACCAUCCCCGGUUCAAUUGUGGCCGCCUACAUCAUCCUCGGCCUGGCAACCAUCGGCAGCGAAAUCGAGAACCCCUUCGGCCAGGACGUCAACGAUCUCCCCCUGGAUACAUACUGUCGACAGAUCGCCCUAGAGCUUGACAUCAUCACGGGCAUGCCCCCACCCAAUAUCGACGACUUCAUGAACCGCGAAGACAACCUCGUCCUCUACCCGCUCAGCAUGUGCAGCCAUCAGGUCUGGAAGGAGCGCAGCGUCGCGGAAAUCCGCGAGGCUCUCAAGGCAAAGGUCGUGGCCAACUGUUCGCCGUCGGUAUCCAAUGCCCCGACUAUGUUUGAGGAGCUUAGCGCGCGGAUGAAGCAGAGUGUUUAAAAACCGAGAAACGAAUUCCGGCGAGAUAUAUCCGUGAAGGUAAAAAAAAAAAAAAAAACAACAACAACAGAAAAAAAAAACAAAAAACAAAUAAACAGACAAACAGACAAACCAAAAAAAAGACCAUUCGUUAGUUCUGUCUGCGUCUUCUGCAUGGGAAUUGGGCGGCGUCUCUAUAUCAGCGUUUGAGAUUUGAUU